CAGAAAGGCAACAGAAGCAGGGAUGUCGCAAAAAGGUUGUGGUAUCCCAGAGAGGAUCUCAACUCCAAGUGGAGAUCCUGCAACCACCACAAUCUGAAAUGGGAGUCAACAUAUGGGAAAUAAAGCCUCCCGAUUUCAGUUAUUAACUGUACACAUCUUUGAGAUUUCCCGAAAAACCAUCAAGGAGUAUUAAGGAAGAACAAGGGUGGGGGAAAAAAGGUAAUUUUCAGGAAACAAGGCUUCACCUGCCCAGCAUAAGGAAUCAUCCCAAGAAGACCAAAUCCCCUGAGUUUAAAACUACAUUCCCACAUCUGGAUUCACAUAAAGCGAAGUUAAUGUUUGUGAAGAGUGGAAAAUAUCCAAAUGGUGUAUACCUCAAUCCCAAACCACAUGAAUUUCGACAGUACCAACGUAAUUUACCAAACUUUGUGACAAGUGAAAGGGACCCUUUUGGAUUAAAAUUUAAGUCCAGACACUUAAGUACAGUACAUGGGUGCCACUCGCUGAAAGAUGAUAAACAGAAGAAUAGUACAGAAAGAUUUAUCACCUACAAGCCUCAUGAAUGCACCUGGGAUUCAAAGCUAAUUUUACCAAAAGCUCCGUGGCGCAUUAAAUCUGCUUCAUUCACGAGACACAGAAGGCGGCGAGAUGUGUACAGUGCAUUUAUGGAUCGUGUGGAAGAAAAGUUUACCCAAACAUGCAAGAACAGGUUCAGUGGAAUUCUGGAAAACUGUCAUGACUAUGUCACAAUUCCAGGUUUCGCCCAUAUCCACUCAGACUUGAUCGUUCUAGAGCAUUUCUGCCAACUGCCAAGAGCCAGCAUCUGCAUCCCCUUGCCCAAGGCUAUCUGCGGCUGCUGGAGCAAGUCGGAAGUGCUGGGGGUUAAGAGCUCCCAGCAACAGCCCUCAAGUAAUAAUGGAGGUGAUUGGUCUACACUGCUCCCCAGCAUUCCCCCAGGGGGCUAA